GUCUUGGCAAGAGGUAGGAUGAAUCGGAUUAUUAAAACGGAUCUGGCCUAACUUUUGCCGUAGCAAUAGAAGAACUCUACACAGCUGGAAGCUCUUUGCUACAGCCUACCCCGAGCAAUUCCGAGAAGUCAGCCCUUACCGCUCCUAUAGUACCAAAAGCGUGAAGAUGAGCAUGCCAGAAUACUGGAAAGUGGUGAACAGCGAUGCCUUGAGUUGGCGGGCGGUGUUAAGUUUGGACCCAUCAAUCGCCAGGGUUCCUGACCUCGUGGAAAUAACUAGUAUCCGGAACCUGGUAGCUUUGGAGAUAUCAUCGCCACCACAGACCUUGCAUAACGGCGAGUCGUCCGGGGUCAUGCUCAGCCAUCGUGUCAUCCGGUCGUGGAACGAGUUGCAGCAGAGUUCUGGGGCAUUUGCACAUCUCCGACUUUUGGUCUUGUCUCAUCAACGCGAUCUCUCAGUACAGAUCCUCCAGUACCUGCGAGACUUUCCAUCGUUGGAAAUUGUUCUUGCACUGGACUGCGGAGAUCUCACAAGGAUGUCUAGGGAUGAAUUCCAAGUUGACGGAUGGCUAGUAGAUCCCGAAUCAAACCGGGGCGGAACUCUCUACGAGCAGUACCUAUCAAUCACCAACGCUGAGGCAAGAAAGUCGACCGGCCUAGACGCUGCCCCGGUUUUGAAUUUCGAAAUCAACCCUAGCCAAACCGAACGCCGCACGCCAAUGAGAAAAGAGAAGCUAUUCUGCUUCUACCGCGACGGCAGCAAGACUUACAAGCAGGAGCGAGAGUCAGGCCAAAAAAGGCCACGAGGCUAUCCCCAGAUGAAGGUUAAAAGACCAGACAAAUACCGCAAGAUAGGCUGGGAAGGACUGCUGGGAGACUUGACAUGAUUGUCAAAAGUGUCAGACCAUCAAGUGGGGACUGUAUCCAUAGUUAGUGAAUGCUGACUGGAUGAUGUCACUCCGGCCAGUCUCAGGGACGGUCGGCCGUAUCUCGGCCGCCGGGACCACCACAGGUGUGGGUGUUGCAGAGGUACCUGCAUAGCUGUAGACCGGUGAGAAGCAGAUGAUUUUGGUCGAUUCGAUAGCGUAAGGAGUGUAUAGAACGAUUGAGUGGAUGUUGAACGAGACUAGGAGAUUUCCAGACUGGAGCUGGAUGACGCCGGGAUGACAAGCGGGGACUUGUGAUUGGACGAUUAAAGGGAGCCGCCGCAUCCCCGCCUUUUU